AUGGUAUUUCAAAUUAUUCAACCAGGUAGAAAUCAUAGCGAAAAAGUAUUAAAGAAAGCACAGAGAACAUGUUGUGCAUGUGCAGAUAGUUUACCAUGGCAAUGUUUCUUUUGGUUAUUCUCUAUUGCAUUGGUUAUAGUAGUUGCAUUUUGUGCUACAACAUAUAAAGAAUCAAAAGAUAAUUGGUAUAACAAUCCAUCUGAUACAUCUUUUGAUGGAAAGAAAAUAGGAUCAUUAAUAGGAUUAAUAUUUUCAACAUUUAUAUUAUUUAUAUUUUGGAUUUAUCGAUUUGGUUUAUCAUUUUGGGGAACUAGAGCUGUUACAUUGAGAGGAAUGAGCUCAAUUGGGUAUUUGGUACCCUAUGUAGAAAGUCUUUGUGCAACCAAACCAGAUAUUUUCGUAGAGAGUGAAUCGUACCAUUGGGAAAGAAGAACUAGAUCGGUUACUCGUCGUGUAAAUGGUCGAACGACCACAGAGACAGAAUCUUAUGAAGAAAAGGUGGUUUCUCAUCGUGAAAGUAACCAAAUGUUUGUCUCUGAUUGGAUGGAUGUAUCACCACUUUUAGAUAGUACCGUCACUCAACAAUUACUACAAGUUUUCUUUACCAAAGAAUUUACACAUAUGGAUGACCAAUCACUACAAUGUUUAGAAUCGGUCAAAUCAGACAUGACCAGAAGAAACAAACCAAGAGACACCCAUUUUGAAUUGGUCGUUCAUCAUCGUAUCAAUCAAUUUCAAGAAAACAAAUUAUUUUGUUUGGAUGAAUCUCGUAUCCCUUGGUUUGCUAAUUCUUUUUGGUGGGCUAUUGUAAAUAUUACAUUUUUAUGGUUCCCAUGGGAAGUUGCAUAUAGAAGGAUAUUGGCAAUUAGUCAAUAUGAUAUAUUGAAACAUGUACGAGUUACAGGUACAGUUAAUCCAUUACCAUUGGAUGAUAAUAUUCUUGUACCUGAACCAAUUUUAUAUUUACAACUGCCAGGUACAACACAUGGUGUUGCUCAUGUCUUGGUUCCACCAGGUACUCAACCAAUGGGACCAACAGUCUUGGCUCCAAAUGGUCAUCUUUAUACUCUACAAAAUAAUAAUAAUAACUAUCAUACUAUUACCAUGGAAUAUCAAAAAAAUGAACAAUAUCCUUUACUAUCACCACCACAAGUCAAUCAACAAUCAUCAUCAGAUGACUUGCCCUAUGGUUCACCAUCAUAUCAACAACAACCAAAUUCAACCAAUUCAUUUCAAAAAAAUAAUAAUGAUAAAAGUUGA